CGCCCACUGGUUCCAGGUCUGUCGCUAUCACCAGAAGUCGCCAGUUGGAGAAAACAUAUCUUCAGAACUGCUAUUACUGUCGCAAGCUAAGAGAUCAAGAUGCAGGAAGUUACUUCUUCUCGCACGGAGAGUGACGUCACGACUUCUACGCCAGUACACGAAGAAGCCAGCAAGACGACGGAGAACGGACUGGACGACUCGGAGAAGAAUCAAGUAGAAGCGAAACCCGAUCUGCCAGACGUCCCCAACGACAAACCAGCUGGUGAAAGAAAGACUCGAAAGUUAUCGAAAGGUCGCAACUUGUCGAAGAAGAAGGCGAAGAGGAUCGACAGUGAAGAUCCGGAAAGUUCCGACAGUAAUUCCGAGCGACGCUCGUGCGGCGGGCUCGACUUGAUUUCUGUCGGUAUCGCCGUCGUUCUCGGGUUGGGCCUAAUCGCCGUACUCGUUUACUUCACAGUAAUCGAAGGUAUUCUGAAGAAACAAACAGCUGUACUGGUGGAUGACGGGAUAACUGAUUCGUUAGAUGGUGUCGAUCUGACCACAGCAUCUGGGCUCAUUGAUUUCACCGAUGUUUCUUCUACGUCCGCAACUACACGAAAGAGGCUGCUGCCAUCCCAGAUGACACGUGGCCGUCCCAGACCACGCCCUGACACAGGAGGUACUGCAACUACGUCUGCUACAGGAACUGCAGGUACUACUACUGGUUCAGACACAACGACACGACAGUCAAGCGGAGUGCCAGGCAACAUGCUACGGGGACGCCCAAGACGACCACGCACAACCACAACACCAGCAGCUACAACAACGGCAACUUAAGCAGACCGUGGUCGUUAGUUUCACUGAAUAAUACGAAGAAGCCAAGAUCGAUCGGAGUUUAUGUCAUAAUGUAUCAUCCAUAUAGUUCAAGAUAUUAAUGGAAACAUACCGUAAAUCUUUGAAUAAAAGCCGAGGCUUCUAUUUUUUUCACGUCACUCCAAGACCUGGGCUCAUAUUUUCGAAGCCAUCUUAGUGCU